CAAUGCACACGGGGAGGGAUUUUAUUUAUCUCGAGCGACUCGUUUCGUCUGCCGGGACGCAACUGUACCGGCGCACUACUUUCCUUCUCUCGCCACUAACUUCUCCGCUGCUCUCUCGCCGAGUCCCGGAGCGGACUUUUUUCCUUUUGAAAACAACGGGAAUGAUAAAAGCAGCCGAGCACAGGCGGCCGGACGGACGGGACCGAGGAGACUAGCGAGGAGAGACCUGCGUGUGUUUUCUGUCGAUUAAAAAAACACUCUAUCACGCUUAUUUUAUUCCGUUUUUUUGUCCACCCCCGCGAGCACGUUUUCGCCCUGAAAUGAAUGGCAGAAGUCGGCCUACAUGUGCCAGUGGAUUGUCCACAUGAAGGCAAACCAGAUGACCCAUAGGACUUAAGUCAUGUAACCACCCUGAAAUGUCUUAAAAGUCUUAUUUAUCUUUUUUUGUUGUAUUUAUUGAGUGUAUAUAAGGGUCAUUUUUUUUGUUUGUUGCUGGAUUCAAGGGAACUUUUUAAUCGUUUGGAAGCUUCCACUUCAUCUUGACUAGAUUGACUUGAACGUUAUUGUUCUGCUGCGCAUCUACCCACACUGUAUUUGAGCAUUAAUCUUUAAUUCAAGGGGGGGCGGGUGGGUGGGUGGGGGAGAGUAUUAGGACUUGACUUUGCCCAGACAGGUAAAAACCCGAGACGGCUUCGUCAUGGACAGGCCGAUCAGCAAGUUACUGGGGAAGUUAAAGCUAACGGACUCGGGCAGUGUGAAAUUCAACAGUUCGAAGAAAAAACAUGACUCCGCCAGCAACUCCAACAACAGCAACGCCAACUCGGGCAUCUCCGGAGGCAGCGGUCUGCCACUGGCUCCCAGCUCCGUCGCCUCACCCUCAUCAAAACCCGGCCCGUUCUCGCUUGCCUCUGCAACCACAAGCGAUGCAUGUGUUCCAGCGAGUGGGGGAGGAGGAGGAGGAGGAGAAGGAGGAGGAGGAGGAGGGAUGGGAAUGCCCCCCUCUCAGCUCCUCAGCCCGUCGCCGUCCUCCUCCUCGCUGGGUGCCGUACCCCAAGACGGCGAGCCGCCGCUUCAACCUUCCACCUUGGCGCCGCUGAGGCGCCGCUCGCCCCAGCAGCGAGCUUCCUGUUACCUCGGCGACGGCGUGGACUCCCGCCUGUGGCGCGAGUCGGGCCUGGGCCCCGAGUGCGACCCCCAGGGAGCGUUUGGCUCCAAAGCGUCCCUCAACCAGCGGCGCUACUCCCUGGAGCUCCAGCAGCUGGUCCGGCGGCAGCAGCUCCUCUCUCAGCCGCCGGCGCUCUCCGCUCCGCCGCCGUACCCGGCCUCCGCGGGCAACGGGUCGGCUCCUCGAGGCGGCCUGGCGGAGCCCGGCUACCUCUCCGAGCACGAGAGGCACAAGCGCCUCUCUCUGCAGGAGGCGCUGUUCUACAAGCGCCUGAGCACGGGCAGCGACCUGUGGGAGGUCACCAGGCCCGCGUCGCUCUCCCAUCCGCCGCACCGCACGUCGGACGUGACCGGAGGCGGCGUAGGGGGCUUCUUUUACCCGCCGGGACCCACCCUGAGCCCAUGCUCGUCGUUCAGCCUCCAGGAGUCGGUGCUGGUCAGCCCCAGGUCCAGCUUCGCCUCCAGCACGGCCAGCGGCGGCGGAGGAAGCCCCAUGGGGAGCCGCUGCAGCAGCAACCGGACCAGCGGCAUCAGCCUGGGCUACGACUCUCGCUACUCGGCCUCCGGAGGCCUCCCCCCGCAGCAGCAGUGCCCCUCCAUGCAGGCGGGGGGCUCCGUGUCCGGUUGCGGCGCUUCGGGCAGGGCCGGGCUGACCCCCGUGGAGGCCUGGACUCAGUACUUGGAGGGCGGGAUGCGUCCGGGGGCGCAAGACAGCCGGCACUCCUACCCGCCCGCGGUCGGAAGUGCGGGGGCGGCGUGCUACCAGGCCGGCCCCGAGUGGUGGGUGGAGCAGCAGGCGGGGGUGAGGGGCAAAGACGGGGUCGUGAUGGGGGACCGGACCAGAUACUCGGACCUGCCCGGCACCCGCUACCAGGAGGAGCUCACGCGACUUCUCCUGAGGGAUGCUGCGCUGGCAGGCGGGGGGCUCCUGGAGGGCCUGAUGCUGAAGGACCCGUCCCCGGCCGUCACGGCUCUCUCCAAGCCGAGCACAAUAACACUGGGGGCCUGCUUAGCCGGAGGGCCGGCCAAACCUCAGGAGGACCCAGCAGUCGGCGCCGGGAGGGAGGGCGCGGAGAACCGCCAGGAGUUCUUUGGAACCUGCGUGAAGUGUGGGAAAGGCGUGUACGGGGCGGACAACGCCUGCCAGGCUCAGGACAGCCUCUAUCACACGCGCUGCUUCACCUGCGUGUCCUGUGGUCGCACGCUGAGAAACAAGGACUUCUACAACGUCAGCGGCUCUGUGUACUGUAAAGAGGAUUACAUGUUUUCAGGAUUCCAGGCUGCUGCUGAGAAGUGUAGUGUGUGUGGCCACCUUAUCCUCGAACAGAUCCUGCAGGCCUUGGGGAACUCGUACCAUCCCGGCUGCUUCCGCUGCGUGGUCUGCUCCAAGGCGCUGGACGGGGUGCCGUUCACCGUGGACCACCACAGCAGCGUCUACUGCGUGGCCGACUACAACAAGACUUUCGCCCCGAAGUGCGCCGCUUGUUUACAGCCCAUCUUACCGACCGAGGGCAGCGAAGAGAUCCUCAGGGUGGUGUCUAUGAACAAGGACUAUCACUUUGAGUGCUACCACUGCGAGGAGUGUGGUAAGCAGCUCUCCGAUAAGCCCGGCUCGCAGUGCUUCCCUCUGGACUCUCAUCUCCUCUGCCACUCCUGUCACAUGAGCAGAGCGUGCGACACACAGAACAUUCCCCCUCACAACACACACUGAUGAUCAGCGCAUGUGGAUUGUUUUUAUUUUUUUUAAAAGCUGGUCUUAACACGCCGUCAUUCUCAAAUGUGCUUUUGCCCAGUUAUACGACGAAACUGCUGAUAUUCAGACAUUUCCACUGAUUCACUUCAGUCCCCGGUGUCACACGUACUGCCUGCUGUAUUAUUACUGUCUCAUAGCUAUAAGGGAACGGGAAAGAAACUACUGCUUUUUUUUUUUUACCCCAAUGUGGCUACUGUUUGCUGUAGAAGAACAAGGGAUUUUUGCUAAACUGUUUUGUACAUAUAUUAUCGCAAGCAAACAUUUUGCACUUAAAUUUGACUUUACUGUAAGAAUCUGUACAAUUUGGGGAAAAACAUUACUGUAAUUUCUGUAUGUUGUAAUAAAUAUUUUCAUGUGUUGACAAACUUUAAUGUUUUGCCUGAAGAACAAAGACAAACUCGGUAUAAAGAAACCAUAAAAACAUGUUUAAUAUCUGUGAAAUGACGAAGAAAAAACACUGGCUGAGAACCAAUUUAAAUUUAUUCAUUUUCUUUAAAUUCUCGGUACAUUCAGCUCUUGCAGGAAGGGAAAAAAGCAACAUCUAACGGUUUCGAACUAAAAGCAUAAAAUAUUAAAAGUGUAACCGUUACUCUAUUAGAAGGUUAACGGUUUAUUUCUACCUCUUAAAUAUGAUUGAGGAUCAUCAGAGGAGGGAGUUUCAAACAGACUGCAGUGCAGAGAAGGUCAGCUUCCUGUAAUUAUUACAGAAUAAACCACUUGACAAGAAUCUGGUAUCCUCCAAAAACACAUCCACUAAAGACACUAGGGCAUGUGUGUCCUGCAUCUCCACUACACACAUCACGUCUCUUUCCAUCACACACUUUUCUAUGUUACAGUGUUGAGACUACCAGUUGCAUCUUUGUGGGAGAGAGAGAUGAAGGUUAUUACUCACACAAACAUCACCUGCUGUAACGCACAACAAAACCGCCACGGCUGGAAAACAAAUUAACAUGAUUUCAUAAAACUUCAC